AGCUCUUCUUCACUCCUCUCCUACAGCUUUGCUCGAUUUAUUUUCUCUCUCACACACAAACACACACUAAACCACAAGGCCGACUUCGAAGUUUGGUUUCUGAAGAACAAUCAGGGAUUUAGCUGCAAGAAAAGAAAUUGACUGUACCCCAAAAAAUAAAAAAGAAAAAGCUUUAAUGCUUCAGUUCGUAACAUCCUCUUUUUGAUUGAUUCUCCAGACAGCGGAUGGCCCUACCUCUCGGCAAGCUAACUAUCAUCGUUGGUGCAGGCCUUGUCGGAUCAGUUUUAGCUAAAGAAGGGCGUAUAUCAGAUGUCUCUGACUUCUUUUCAGGUGCCUUGAAGGUUGUUCUGAGGCAACUUAGACAUGAUGAAUCUACCACUUCAAAGCCCAAACCACAGAAUGAUUCUCUCAUGCAACAGGUUAAUAGCCUUCGAGAGGAGCUGCAACUUUUGGCUUCAAAUAGAUCAAUUACAAUUGUGACAUCAAGUGCUGGCUCUGCUUCUGGCAGAUAUGGUGUAAUUGUGAUUGUUAUAGUGGUUGGAUAUGGCUGUAUAUGGUGGAAGGGUUGGAAACUCUCUGAUAUGAUGUUUGCAACCAGACGCAGUUUGUCUGAUGCGUGUUCUAGUGUAUCCAAACAACUUGAGAGUGUCUAUUCUGCAAUUUCUGCCACUAAGCGCCAUUUGUCUUCGAGAAUUGAUGGUGUGGAUAGUAAAAUUGAUGAAUGUGCGGGUAAUACAUCUGCCACAAAAGAAGAGGUGUCUAAACUACGAGGGGACCUGAGAUUGAUGGGUGCCGAUGUACAGUCAGUUCACCAUGUAGUCCGAUCCCUGGAAACAAAAAUCAGCAAGAUAGAAGGGAAACAGGGUGAAACACUCUUCGGGGUUGGCAGAUUGGUUUCAUUUGUGAAGAAUCUAGAACAUAGCAGAACCUUGGAUCCUAUUGAGGGUGCAUUGCCAAGUUCAUCUCGGCCAGCUCUUGAAAUGCAGCAAAUAACUCCAUCUAGGGCUGUGUCAUUGCCUUCUAAUUGUUCAGUGGAAUCGCCAUCGUCAUCUGCAUCUAAUGGGCCCAGCAAGCGUCCUUUGCAAGGUGGUGUCUUAGACUCGGGCUUGAAGCUGCAUGGAAUGUCAAAUGGAGUUGAAAUGUCCAGCCAAAGGAGUUCUCAGAUUUUUUCCACUGACGUUCCUGUCUCAGAAGUGGCAAACGAGUCUUCUGGUUCUGGUAUCUUCGGCCUAAAGUCUUCUGGCGGUGCUUUUAAUAUGGUGAGAAGAAGCUGCAGCGCGAAGCUUUCAUUCAAUAUUUAAUAUUUAUCAUGCUUUUCACAUGAAACGUAGAUGAGAAAGGAUAUAUUUUUUGCCCUUUAAAAUACUACUAUAUAUUGGCCUCGCGUACGGGGUGCCAAGCCAUAUUCAUGGUCUUCGAAUUUUGUAGGGUUUUCUGUUCACCUUAUAAGGUUAAUUUAGGAUACAUGUAUGAAGUUCUGGAUAAAAUUACUGCCUAUAUUAUACAGUGAGACUUCUGGAAGGGAAAAGGAUACGUGGAAUCACAUCCGUUUUGUCAGCGCA